CAUGGGUUGCUUAAAUUUGUCCGCGGUUGUUGCAGGGGUGAAUUGAUCUAAUAAACCUUCGACUAGGAACCAAUUUGUGUGGACGGUAAAUUAUUAACGAAGCGCGCAUGGAAGAAAACGAUUGAUGUGGAACCAUCGACAUUAAAACAGGGUUGGGGUUAGUAUUAGUAUGUAACACCGGAAGCUCAUUGAAUUUUCAAACAGGAAUCGACAGCACCAGCACUUAAUUGUUGUGCGCUUUAGUGGGACUUCUGCCGAGUGAUACUAAGUAAGAUGCUUAUCAAAGUAAAGACACUCACUGGUAAGGAGAUAGAGAUUGACAUUGAGCCGACGGACAAGGUGGAAAGAAUCAAAGAAAGAGUGGAAGAGAAAGAAGGCAUUCCUCCCCAGCAGCAGAGACUGAUCUACAGUGGCAAGCAGAUGAAUGAUGAAAAAACAGCUGCAGACUACAAGAUCCAAGGUGGAUCAGUUCUUCAUCUUGUACUGGCCCUCAGAGGCGGUCAGCUGCCCUGCUCCCCUGGAGCCAUCAAGGCUGACUUGUAACUGUCGGCUAUAUCGCUUACUGUAGUAUGCACUGGAUGGCUGGAAAGAUCCGUUCUUGACGUGAAAAAACCUGGCAAUGGUGAUGUAUAUGUGGCUGCUGUUCCAGAAACCUUUUGUCACUUAAGACUACACUGCUGCUAGGAUGUUAGCAUUGUUUUUUUCACUUACAACACAACAUAACACAGAUUCCAGGUAGGGCUAUCUGGACUUGUACAUGUAUGACAACUUCAUUGGAGCGAUAUCAGGGUCAGCAUUAUGCUCAAGUACUGGCUGAAAGGUGAACUCAAAUGAUUGCCUUAAAUACUUUAAUAGCUAGAACGUGCAGGUCAUACACAUGAGAGGACAUAUGUCGUGCAAGUUUUUUUUCUUUAUUCUAGCGACUGUUUUAGUGAGGCUUUAAUAUCUUCUUGUCGUCUUUCUAAGUUCACUUCGACGCAAUUCUCUUCGUAGUAACCAAAUGAAGCAUCAAGAUUUUUUUCACAUUUAUGAAACAAUUCAUGAAUAGAACAUUUUUUUCUGCAAGUGCCUUUUGCUCAAGGAAACAUACUAAAAUGGAGCGGUACAGAUCUGUGAAACUUGAUUUUCUGUCAGAUUUAAUUAACGUGAUUUAAAAAAGGCAAAAUAUGUCACAUUUAAAUUGUGAAAAGACCCCCCUUUCGGACAAAAGAGUCUGAUGUGCCAGAGUGUAUAGUCAUUUUUGGUGCCUCCUCAGUAACUGACUGCAUCGACAAAAAGAAUUUGCAGGCUUGAUAAUAAUUUUGCUGUGUUUGAUGCAGCCCAGCAUUAUUACUGUGUAAAUAAAGCAAACCAUCUUCAUACAUUUAACAUUCUCUCUUGGAUGUUUUUAUUGCCUUACAACCAGCUUUCAUUUUACAAUUCCAACACAGAAAGACACUCAGCACAACAGAAUACAAACUGAUGUGUGCCACAGACAAAGAAGAGUGAGUUUACAAACUGCACUGUGUCGACCAAAAAAAAGAAACCUCUUACAGAGUUUAAAAAGUCCUUUGAACAGUUGUGAAACAAAUGGCAUAUAGCUUAGAGACAAUGCUAUUUAAGAUACGCACAUCUUCACACAAUAGAGGGAAACCAGAAUGUACCAGAGUGUCGCACAAAUGAGGCCCUCUAGUCCAAAUUCGAAAAAUUGUCAGUUUUUGCUUUAUUGAUCACAAAACAACAGACAAACAAGACAUCCGUGUAUCACACUAAUACACACUCACAGGCACAAAUUACAUCAUUGUACUUGUACUGUCAAGACUCCCUGUUCCAUUAAACAACU